AUGAGGCUUCUAAUGUCUUCUUCUGAUCAAGAUGAAGGUGAAAUGAAGAGAUUUGCUAAUUGGAUACUUGAUGUUGGAAAUGGAAAUAUUGGUUCUAUUGUUGGUGAUGAAUCAGAAAUUAAAAUUCCAGAUAAUCUAUUAAUUACAACUACCGAUGACCCUCUCUCUCUCAUUUGGUAUUUUCAGAGUAGGAAAAUUCUUGCACCCACGCUUGAGAGUGUCGAGAAGGUAAACAAUUUUGUCUUGACAAUCUUUCUAGGGAUGAAAAAGGAGUAUUUUAGUUAUGACACAACAUGUCAAGCUAAUGAGAAUGAAGAUGUACAACAAGAGUGGUUCACACCAGAGUUCCUAAAUGAUAUCAAAUAUUCGGGACUACCUAAUCACAAGUUGACUUUGAAGCCAGGAGUUGCUGUAAUGCUACUGUGA